AGCAAUUUAAAUAACUUAAACAUAACAUAAUAAAUGUACACGCGUCCGUCUCCUGCUAUUCUCAAUCGCUUCGAAUCCGAAAUUAUCGCUCUCCUCAAAAACAAAUAUAUAAAUAAAUCCCAACUUUGAUUCACAAAUGGUAUCAAAAAAUACGGCGCCAAAUCUUUACUUAUCUGUGCUGAUCGCGAGAAAUAAAAGUCGAUCCCUAUCCACCCUCGCCCUUCAUUCCAAAUUUUCCCCCAAUCACCAAACCCUAGACCAUGGGCGGCGGGGCAAUGAGGGCGGCGGCGAAGUUGGCGGGGAUCAAGGUGGGCAACGGCGGCGUCCGCAGUAUUAAGACGGAGCAGCACUCUGUCUUCUCCUCCACCCGACGGACGGCCUCCCCGCUUCCUCCGGCGGCGGUAGCGGAGGACGGAAAGCAGUUAGCGUCGCAGCCACAUGGUGCGGCGGAGAUGAACGACUGGGUGUUCCCUAGCGGGGAGGAGGCGGCGUUUACCGACGGUGAUUUGACGCCCAAGGCUGUCCGAUAUGGGUUGCCGACUUUUGAAGAAGCCAAAGAGGCUACUACUGAACUUGCAUUGGCGCUUGACUCUGCUUAUCUGGCGCCACUCAAUUCAGCUGGACUUGAUGGUGAAAUUGGUGCCCGAUCGCUCAUUGAUAACUCAAACUCUACCAGUGAGUUAUGCAUUGCACCAGUGCCAAUCAAUGCUAUUAAGGCCUUCAGGCUUCUAUGUGAAAACGCUGCAGUCCAGAACGCGGUGGCUUCAGUCGCCAGUGAUCCAAUUGUGUGGAAUGCUAUUGUAAGCAACCUAGCGAUGCAGGACAUUUUGCAACCAAAAAGGACCUGUUUUGCCAACACAGACGAGAACUCAUCUGUAGAUAUCACUGAUGUUGCGUCCGAGAGUGGAGAAACCAAGCCAGUUACUGCAUUAUCGGAUAUUGUUCAAAAGCUCAAAUUUACGGUGGUCUACAUGAUGAGCAACAUGUCCGAUUACUUUCAGAACUUUUUUGGACCUUCGACAGUCGAAAAGGUGUUUCCAAGUUCAGAUAGGAAUACUAGUGCUGAGGCUGCUAUGGAAACAUCUUUUGUGGGUUUGGCUAUCAUGGCAAUCAUGGUAAUUGUUGUGAAGCGGGAUUAACCAGGAUUGUGGUAUGUGUGGUCUCUGUAAAUUUUGUCGAGGCUACACCAAGAGUUGUCUCUUUCUUCUUGUUUGGCUUGAAAACCAAGAAUUGUUUCUGUUUUGUCGAUUGCAUGUUUUUCAUUUCUAAAUGAAUUCUAUGACUAGUUAUGGGGUUUUGUUCUUGGACUUGCUCUCUUGGAAUACACAUUGUGGUUGUUUUAUACCUUUUCAAAGUCGAGUUCACAUCCACUCCUCAAGGGAUGAUGAUAGC